CCGCUGGGCGGUCCGCCUCUCGCCGGGGCGCGACUACGAGACUGCCGCUUGAGGAGCCGGACUCAACCUCCAGCACCGCCCUGCCACGAGCCCACCCGCUUCCACCUCGACGCCGGAAGGACGCAGACGCGGCUGAACAAAUCACACAGCUUUCUGAAAAGCCUCUGACCGCCUCUUUCUAUUUGCUUUCAUACAGGCAAAGGGGAGGACAACCUAAUGAGGGCCUCAGGGUUUUAGGGCCCCGGGGCCUCGCAAAGAACCCGCCCACCUCAGGCCCCGCCCCCUCCUCACUACUGUCCAAUGGCGUCUCUGGAAUUGGGAGGUGGGGAUGGGCGGGGUCAGAAUGUUGGUAAACGCAGACCCACGUGCCGGAUCCUAACCCCGCCCCCCAAAUGGGCGCAUGCGCGUCGGAGCAGCAGCCUGUACGUAAACGCGCAGUGCUGGGCGGAAGCUACUGCGCGGGCUGCACGUGGGAUCUGCUGCGCUAACAGUGGGUGAUGGAGACUGAUACCCACAUCCGUGCUGACGCGCGGGCUGAGGCUGGUCCUCGGAGCCUCGGCUGCAGUCUCCGGCACUUUGCUUGCGAACAGAAUCUGCUGUCCCGACCAGAUGGCUCGGCCUCUUUCCUGCAAGGCGACACUUCAGUCCUGGCAGGUGUGUACGGGCCUGCCGAAGUGAAGGUUAGCAAGGAGAUCUUCAACAAGGCCACGCUGGAAGUGCUCCUGAGGCCGAAGAUCGGGCUUCCAGGUGUGGCUGAGAAAAGCCGGGAGCGGCUGAUCAGGAACACGUGCGAGGCAGUGGUUCUGGGGGCACUGCACCCCCGCACCUCCAUCACCGUGGUGCUGCAGGUCGUCAGCGAUGCUGGCUCCCUCCUGGCCUGUUGCCUGAAUGCUGCCUGCAUGGCGCUGGUAGAUGCAGGUGUGCCCAUGCGAGCCCUCUUCUGUGGCGUCACCUGCGCUCUGGACUCUGAUGGGAAUCUCGUGCUGGACCCCACACUGAAGCAGGAAAAGGAGGCCCGGGCCGUUCUGACGUUUGCGCUGGACAGUGUGGAGCAGAAGCUGCUCAUGUCCACCACCAAGGGGCUCUACUCCAACGCCGAGCUCCAGCAGUGCUUGGCCGCAGCCCAGGCUGCCUCUCAGCACGUCUUCCGCUUCUACCGGGAGUCUCUGCAGAGACGUUACUCCAAGAGCUAAGGGCGCUGCCUCCGCCGCCGCCGCCACGGCUGGGCCCACAGCCUCCAGUGUAAAAUAAACCCACCAAGCCACUC